GUGCAUGGCAGCUGAUGGAUGUAAAAGGCAAUAUCAUUGACCAGGUGGACUCAACUGCCAUUGGAGUGAUGCAGGUCUUAUACCCUUUGCUGAAACGGCUGGCAGAACUGACCACGGUUGUGUGGGCGCUGCCUGACUCCUUCAAGGAAUUUAUGCUUCAUGAUUUCGGUCAUACUGGUAAAUACACACAGCAGACCAAUGCCAUACUUGAAUGGGUUCUCAAUGGACAAGCCCAGCUCGUGCCUCCAAGAGUGCUUGUGUGGGAUUCCUUCCUGCCUGUUUCCCACGCUGCUUUGUCCGACUGCAUCACGUUUCUUAGCAAAAAUCUGGAUAUAAAGAAACUGCCAGCAUACUCCAUAUUCAAACCAGAAAUAACAUGGCACUGUACAGAGCGAAUGCAUGUUGGAUUUGAAGCUCUCCUUGUGGCAGCUCAAAUGAUGAUCAAUCACAUAUGUAAUCCUUUUAUGGACGAAAAAGGUUAUUGCUGCUCUACAUAGCAAUACCACUGAUCUAUGUGAG